AAAGAAGGAUGACUUUGAAUUAAAGGAUUGCUCAUCUGUGUUUCAAGGCCCUUCGGCUGGUUCACUCCAUGAGGUCCAGAGGGAGAACAGGACACAUAGCGAGGACAGUCAGUGAAAACCAGAUCUGUUGUCACAGAACAUCCAGGGCAGGUACAAGGACGGAGGCCAGGCUGCCCACAUGGAUGAAGCCGACUUCUCCGAACUUACGACUUUGAAGCAACAGGAGGAUUCGCCGUAUGAUGGGCAUUUCUCCCAAAUUAAGCUCUACAGUGAUCGUAAUUUGCCCUCGAAAAGUGACAUCCUGGACGUCUCAGACCACGUGACUUCAGCAGUGGGGGCCCCGCGAGGAAAGGCUGCACGCGGAGGGCCGUGCAGACACACAGACCCAGCCCUGACUCUGGGUGAAACCGCUGUCCAGGAAAAAUGUGAUAAAGGGCAACAAUGCACCCCGAACCUCCAUAUCCCAGCUCAUAAAGGAGACCCUUCCAAGUCACACAGUUCUGAUAUUUUACAGCAUCGUUUUUCCAAAGAGGAAUUUUUAAAAGGCCAGAGCAUUAACUGUGACGCUCUCCCAGAGAUCUCUAGUGCUGAACGUCUUGAUGAAGCUAUUGUUAAAAAUAUUCUUUUGCGUUAUAUUAAGAGUUCUUGGCCACAAGAACAAACUCCAGAACUCACUGGCCAACUCAGCCCCACGAGGGACGACGGAAGCGGCAGUGGGCCCAGCCGCUCUCCAGCCACGGCAGAAGAAAGCACCCCCGAGUUGGAAGAGCCAGUGGCUGCUGGAGAUGGCAGCCUUCCAGAAAGUUCCAAUUUUCUAACUACAACGAAGAGUCCAAGCAAUAAACAAAAAGGCUGCCAAGGGCAGACAUGGCAGAAACUGCAGCCUGAAAAAACAAGAUCAGGCCAUGGGUUCAAAUACGACCAAGUCCAUUACCAUUUCUCUGAUUUCUCUAAUGUUGCUUCCCAAGUGAAAAUCCCUAAAAAGAACAUAACUGAUAAACUGCUUCCAGUGGAUAAACAAGCCAGCUUUCCUCCUGAACUGGGAGACAGGUUAGCUCUUGUGCAGGAUAUGUUAGACAGUGUGUCUGGGUCACACUGUGUGGAGAGAGAGGAGCAGAAAAGGAAGACUGCGGACCCUUCACGACAGACAGAGAUGGAGCCCGCAAUACAUAUUCACCAAGAACAAGUCACAGGAACAGAAUCUGAGAGAAGUCUCUUUAAGUUGUCAGCAACCUCUCAGAAAGACCCUUCCUCAAGUUCUUCUUACAUAUUCCAAAAGAUAUCCCAAGGGAAAAAGAUGUGUCAGAAAUUAAAAGAACAGACUGAGCAGCUGAAGACUAAAGUGCAAGAAUUUUCCAAAAGCAUAGCACAGGACGCUCCCUGUCACGUGCAGGACAAGAGGCUGGUCCUGGAGAAACUGCAGGCACAUUUUGAACUGCUGGAGCAGGAGUUUGUGGCCAACAAGGAGAAGCAUCUGACUUGGAAGCAGCAAGCCCACAAGUAUGAAUCCCCAGCUGCCAGUGAGUUUGACCCAGAAAGAAAAGUGGAAGGUGAAAUCUUAAACUUGGAGAUGCUUCUUGAAGACGUGAGGGAGAAGAUGGACGUGGGCAAACACGCUUCAGCUCGUCCUCUUCCCGCGAGUUCUCCAAGCAUCCUGGACGGCUGGCCACCCACGUCCUCUCCACCCUCGGACGAGGAGGACUCCCACAGCACCCCCGAAAGGCAGGAGCGUGCAGGGACAACCAGUCAGAGCUGUGCCUUCUGUCGCUGGGUCCUCGGAUGGAAGAAAAACAUGGAGAAGAAAGGCUGUGGGCAGACCGGCUGUGGGAGUUUCCCAUCACCCUUCAGGAAGCGGCACCGCACCCAGCUGCUCUUCGCAGUGAAAUUUCAUUAUAGAUACAACACCCCAGGACAGAAUUACUUCAAUCAUACAAAAGGAGGUGCUUUUGUCCAGCUCUGCUUUUUAAAUGAAAAUAAAAAUUCUUCACCUUCUUGUUCAAAGCCAAACUGGAUCUAUUCCCAGAGAGCAAAUUCAAAAUCCUCUCAAGAUGAGCAUGAUCUCCUACCAGGAAAAGAAAGUCUUAAGGCUUCCGGGACCUCCAGUUCAGACCUGGCUACACCCUUACCCCACUUCCACUCCUGCAGGAUUUCUGGAAGCAAAUUCUUCAGCAACGCUAGCAGUAUCAAAGAAACAAAAUCUGAGGGUUUAGACUCGUCUUUGGAUCAUGCCCUUAGGACAGCAACCAUUUUGAGAGAAACUACUGAUCAAAUGAUUAGAACUAUUGCAGAAGAUCUUGCCAAACUACAGAGAUGGAGGAAUCGACUGAAAUACUACUAG